CCCUAUUUCGCCCUAAAAACAAAAAUAAAAACUUACGCGUUGCCCCUUUCAUUCGAACGCUAGCUACGUUCUUAGCCAGGCGCCAACCUUACUCCCGCGGUCCGUUUACUGAGCCUCUCUCCGGCGUGCCCCUGCGCUCCGCCGCUUCCUGAGCCUCUCUCUCUGCGUUCACCGACUGCCUUCUCUCCACACUCACUGAGCCUCGCUCCCGCCGUCCCACAUCCCACCCGCGCCUGCGAUUGUCUCUAGCAACCGAGUUGAGGUUAAUCCUCUAUGACUGUGCAAGGCUUUUUGGAUGUGGGCUGAAACAAUCAAUCGCCUACUUAACUCUGUUGAGAACUCGCAAAACUCAAGGGUGUGAGGUGAUAAACUAGAAGCUGAUGGGUUUCCUUGAGGAUUUUCAAGCCAGUUUGGAAUCUUUGCCUGCCAUGCUCCAGCGAACCUAUGGGCUUAUACGAGAGCUUGAUACGAGUUUGCUAGCAAGCCAACGGCAGAGUGAACAACACUGCGAACAAGAAAUAGAUGAAAUUAAGCGUGGAAUCGAAGCUGGUAAUGUUGCACCUGACAUGUCGCUCAUCAGAUUUUCUGAUGAGGCUCUUGAGGAACAAAAGCAUUGCAUUCGUGUUGCUGAUGAAAAAGUGGCUUUGGCCACUCAAGCUUAUGAUAUGGUUGAUACCCACAUCCAACAGCUUGAUCAGUAUAUGAGAAAAAUGGAAGAACUUCGUCUAGAAAGGGAACUUUCUGCCACUGCAUCUCCUGGAGGUACUCCCGACGUUACCACAAAAUCUGGUAGAACUGGAGCAAGUGGCAGGGGUGGUCGAAAGAAGGCUCGACAAGCUGCAGUUGAACUACUAAACAUAGAUUUGGAAUUACCAGUUGACCCAAAUGAACCCACUUACUGCUUCUGCAAACAAGUCAGCUUUGGGGAGAUGGUUGCUUGUGAUAACCCUGAUUGCAAGAUCGAAUGGUUCCACUAUGGAUGUGUUGGUUUGAAAGAACAACCUAAAGGUAAAUGGUUCUGCCCUAAUUGCGUUGGACUACCAAAGCGCAAGAAAGGUAAGUGAGAAAUGGCAGUGUGGAAAAGCCCUUAAAGGAGCUAUAUAGCUCGUAUUCUGCUGCCUUGGGAUCAAAUGCUUUGAAUCCUCUUGUAAUAAGAUUGCUCUGUGCAUAAUCAUACUGUAAACUAAGAUUUCCUUACAUUUCCGUAUACUGGAGUUGGUUCUAACAUUUUGCUCAAGUACUUGAGGCAGUUACCAUUGUACAUUAAAGAAAUAAAUGAUCCCAUCUACCUGCUGUUGAAAAAUAGUUAAAGGCCUA